UUGAAAUCUUAUUCACAUACUUUGGGGGGGGGCGCACAUGACCCCCCACGCCUGACAGCCUCUCCAACACGCACGCGCACGCGCGCACAAGGAAAGGAAGAAGAGCAUUUGAUGCUCUGUGAGGGUUUUCCUGUGAUGACAGCCGGCGGCAGCGUGUGUGUGAGCGCGCGCUCGCGCAGCUCCGGUGUGCCGUGAUUCCACCGGAGCACCGUGUGGAUGCUGGCGGAAGAGGCUCCGUGCCUCCCGGGUCCCGUCGUCGCUGCGCCCGGCUGUGAGCGGUGAUGCUCGGCCUCUCCGCCCGGAUGCGCCCCUCUCUGCGCGGCGCGCCGUCCGCCCCGCUGCCCGCGAGCCCCCGCAGCGGAGCCCCUCAGACGCCGGAGAAAGGUCUCGGGACCGCGCGUGGGAACCGGGGACCGGAAUUUUAGGGAAAAGGAGAACACGGAAAGGGGGCCCCCCUUUCGUGGAAUGCGGCAACAUGGGGGUGUUUGACCGCGGGGUGCAGAUGCUGCUGACCACGGUGGGGGCCUUCGCCGCCUUCAGCCUCAUGACCAUCGCCGUGGGGACGGACUACUGGCUGUACUCACGCGGCGUCUGCAAAGUCAAGAGCACCAACGAGAACGAGACCAGCAAGAAGAACGAGGAGGUGAUGACGCACUCGGGCCUCUGGAGGACCUGCUGCCUGGAGGGCUCGUAUAAAGGAAUGUGUAAGCAGAUCGAUCACUUCCCGGAGGACGCAGACUACACGGCGGACGCUUCCGAGUACUUCCUACGCGCCGUCCGAGCCUCCAGCAUCUUCCCCAUCCUCAGCGUGGUCCUGCUCUUCAUGGGUGGUCUCUGCAUCGCCGGCAGCGAGUUCUACAAGUCACGACACAACAUCAUCCUCCUCCUCCUCAUC